UGUCAAAGAUUUAAAAACAUGCUGCUGCAGGUCUGCUGCAAUAGAAUAAAAUUUAUGAAAAUAUUGGUCAUUUAAUUAUACAUUAUUGAAUAGUUUUAUAAAAUAUUACAAUGGCCGAACAAGAUAGUGCUAAUAAGAAACCCAUGACGGAAGAGGAGAGAGUGGCUUUGUGUCAGAAAUUAGACAGGGAGUUGGACGAAUUUAUUGAUAGUUUAGAGAAGAAAAGAUACACAGAAGGAUGGCCCGAAGAUCGGUGGGAGGAAGAGAUGGACAAACAUCCCUUCUUCAUGAAGACAGCGCCGAGUGGUGAUGAAUUGUCACCAUUAGCUGAAGGUCUGGCAAAGCUCAAAUAUGAUCCUGAUGAAAAUACACCCUUGGAGCUGGCCACUAAUUAUAAGGAAGAUGGCAAUUUUAAUUUCAAACAUAAGAACUACAGGCUGGCUAUAUUAGGAUACACAGAAGGUAUAAAAAUAAGAAGUGACGACCCAGAAAUAAAUGCAAGUCUAUAUAACAAUAGGGCAGCAUCACAUUGGCAUUUAAAAAACUACAGAUCUGCUUUAUUUGACAGUGAAAAAGCUCUUACAUUUAACAGUAAUCAUGAUAAAGCUAGAUUGAGGGCUGCUAAAUCAGCCAUGGAAAUAGGAAUGUAUGAAAAAUGCAUUGAACAUUGUGAGAAAUUAUUAGAAAAAUCGUCCGAUAUAGAUGCGUUAAACCUUUUGAAUAUGGCUAAAAAGAAGAAAAUGUUAAAGGAAAGAGAUGAAAGGAAAAAAGAGAGAACAAGUAAGAAGAAUAAAGAGCAAAAAGAUGCUAUUAUCAAAGCGAUUAUUGAAAGAGGAAUUAAAUUAUCUAACUGUGAAGACGAAGAUGAUAUUGACUUGUCUAAACUAGAACCUACUUUGCCUGGAGCUCAUGAUGCUAUAGUUCAUAUCGAAGAUGGGAUAUUAAAGUGGCCAGUAUUGUUAUUAUACCCUGAAUAUCAGAUGACUGAUUUUAUCAAAGGUUGUCCGGAAAAUGUACCAUUAGCAAGUCAACUAGAACAGCUAUUCCCAGCGCCAUGGGACGAAGAUAAUAAAUAUAAAAUUAGUAGCGUUAAUGUUUAUUUCGAGGGUUCCGAUAAAAUGCCGCAUGUAGUUGAUGCAAGGAAGAACCUUGGUGAUUUAUUAGUAUCUAAAUAUUUCUUGUUGAAGGCUGGAACGCCGGCGUUUUUCGUUUUACCGCGUGGUAGCGUUGUCGAGAGGAGGUUCUUGGAAAGUUAUAUUUAAUAAGUUACAACAAGCAUUAACACUUUGACAGCGGAUCACGUCCGACGUACGUGGCGCUUAUUUUAUGCUAAUUGUUGCGGCCAUGAUUUUUUUUACAUUGUAUUGAAGAUAUUUUAUAUUAUUAUAUAAAAUAAUAAAAACAUGUGUUAUUGUA